CCCCUAACCCAAGGAACUGGAUAACAACCUACCUGUCCCAAACACACAAAUUCCCUAAUGUGACUGAUUGUUACUGCAAUUCUGAACUAUUAUUUGAGUCACUUGUGUGAAAAAAAGACAGUAGUAUUUAAUUAUUAUGCAUUAAUGAACUAGUUCUUAUUCAAAAGUCCCAAAUUACAGGACAAUAAACACUGUGUGUGGGGGUGGAAAUGUCAUUAUCAGUCCAAUAAUGCAUUCUACAGAAUCUGGUUGUUUGGUUUUAGUUCUAAUGUUGUUAAGUUGUGUGUCGAGUCUGACUCUGAAAAUAAGGCACAAUGUCCUCCAAACAGGGCAGACAAUGUGUGGAAUCCCAGUGCAGUUCACUGAGAACAGUGAACGAGCUGAUGACCAAAGAAAAGCAUUUGGCUUUCAGACCCAGGUCAGACGGGGAGGGAGGUGCUGCGUGAGAAAUGAGGCAGAUCACACUGGCAGCCGGGAGACGUGGCAGUUUCAGGGACGUGGGCCAAAGUUUGCUAUAAAUGACAAAAGAGGUGCGGGCUGUGUUUCAGUUAGAAUGAAACUGGGCUGAGUGGGCACUGGCUGAUAGUGGGUUGUUUUGGCAGGAGUGUGUAUUUAUUGGUGGUGGUGACUGGUGUGAAGGGAGGAGGAGGAGGAGCUUGGUGUGUUGACAUGCCAGGGCCACAUUCUCGCCCCGCUGCCAUUGAAAAGGGCGGCAAAGACAUAAACAAGGCCAGUGGGAUUAGGGCCCACUCAGAGGAGUGAUCAGAGGGGAUUUGCUGCCCGACGGGCAAACAACUCCCUUUUGUUUGGGAAGCAGUACCAGGGUUAACAGAGGGUCGUCACCUGAGGGUCAUGUUGUGUUGUGGUGACAUGUUUCCCCAUUUGUGAAGCCCCAGAGAUUUGAUGUCUGCCUGUGUGUGUGAAUGCACGGCAGCGGAAUGAAUGAAUAAAGCCCCCUCUCCUCAGUGCUUGGGUUUCUGAUUCAGCUGGUGACGGUGGAUGGAGACAGAAUCUUAGACACCAACAUCGGCAGAGACAAAGGCAGCAAGCCGAUAUGAUCAAAUGAUCUGACCCGGAAAUAUGAGGCUCCAUUUUAGUUCAGUUUUAAAUGGACAGUUGCAGAAAAGUCUUCAUAAUGUUCUCAUUUGGUUCCUUCACAGUGGCUGCAGCCAUGCCUCUUCUGGAAGAGACCACUCUGCCACAAGAGCACCCACCCAUUGUCCCUGUUGUCAUCAUAGGCAAUGGACCAUCAGGCAUCUGUCUGUCCUACCUGCUGAGUGGAUACACGCCCUACCUAGAUUCGGCAACUGUGCACCCUAAUCCUAUACUAUACAAGAAGCUACAGGAGACCAAGCACAUACCCAUCACUGAACAGGAUCUGGAAUACUUAAGUGAAGGUCUUGAGGGGAGGUCAAUGAAUCCAGUGGCGGUACUUUUUGACACACUGCUACACCCUAAUGCUGACUAUGGUUACGAGUUCCCUCCUGUCCUUCAGUGGAGGAGGGACAAGCAGCAACACAUCCCACAUCUGGUGCUGGGAAGAGCAACACCUGGCGGUGCUUGGCAUGCAAUGGAAGGCUCCAUGCUCACUAUUAGUCUCGGCAUCUGGAUGGAGCUUCCCGGUGUCAACUACAGAGAUCUAAACAAUGGGAAACGCAGGGAUGUCACCAGUGACAGAGCAACACCAGAGGAGAUCUCAUCCUAUUACCGUAACUAUGUGAAACUAAAGGGGCUCCAAAAGAAUUUUGUAGACAACACCUAUGUGACCUCUGUCCACAAACUCUGCCGGGGGCAUGAUGGGGAAGUUCUGGAAAAUGGGCACACGGAUGAAGCAGAUGGAGGGGUGGGUGAUUGUGGGGAUGAGGUCUUUAAGGGAAAUGGAGUUGAGUGUGUAAACAAUGGAGCAAGUGGAGUUCUUUGGGAGGUAAGGGGAUUUCAGCAGGUGCAGAACGACACACACAUCCCCUUCUGUCUGUUUGCUGAGAAUGUGGUUCUGGCCACGGGCGCGUCAGAUUCACCGAUUCGAUUAGGCGUCGAGGGGGAGGACCUUCCAUUUGUGUCCCACAGUGUCUCAGACCUCGGCUUGGCUGUAGGCCAAAGAAAGCUGGACAUGAACUCUGAUCCAGUUUUGAUUGUAGGUGCUGGUUUAAGCGCUGCAGACGCAAUUCUGUGCGCCUGCAACAGCAACAUUAGGGUGCUGCAUGUUUUCCGCAAGAGUGUAGACGACUCGGAUCUCAUCUUCAAGCAGCUGCCGAAGACCAUGUACCCAGAAUACCACAAGGUUUACAACAUGAUGUGCACUCAGACCUACACAAAUGUGGCUCCCUCCUCUGCUCCUAACAGACCCCAGGCAGUUAGCAUUGCCUCUUCUGUAUGUGCCAAGAUGUGUCCAAAACCCCAGCUUGCCAUAGGUAACAUGGGUGGUAACGCCAGUGUCGGUUUGUUUCCUGACUACACCAGUUUUCCUGAACACUGUGUGGUGUCCUUCCAGUCUGACUCCAAGUGCUUGCUGCAGGGGAUAAACUCCCUAAAGGCGUUCAAGAUCUCCAUGGUCCUAGUGCUGAUCGGGACCAACCCCAGCUUGUUCUUUUUGAAGGGGCAAGGCAAGUACCUGGGGCAGGAUCCAACAAAACCCAUCUCUUGCAAGCAAAACCCCAUUGACAUCCACCCUUACACUUUUGAGUGUACCAAGGAACCAGGUCUGUUUGCCAUGGGUCCACUGGUGGGAGACAACUUUGUUCGAUUUUUGAAGGGUGGCGCUUUAGGCAUUGCCUCCUGUCUGCUGAAGAGACUCAAGAAGAAAGGGAAUCUUAUCAGCACUGUCGGGAAUAACUUCAUUUGAAAACAUGGUGCACGUUUGUUGUACAGCAGAUUUUGAGGGUUUUUACAAACUGCUCAAGAAAAUGCUUGGGGGAGUUGUGGAUGUACAGUCAUUAGUUUCUAAAGAAACAAAAGACAACUCUCAAGAAGUCCGGGCUACCAUGUGCCAAUGUUUUCCUGUCAGUCCGACGUGUCAUAAAUGAAUGUGACCUCA